AUGCGGCGCCCAGCAUGGUAUUUGAGGUGGUGGUACAGGAAGACACAUGUAGAGAAGAAGGCUCCUUUCAUUGACCUGUUCAACUCGCUUCCUCUGCGCCAGAUCUAUGGUGAGCUCCCAGCGUGGUAUUUGAGGUGGUGGUACAGGAAGACACAUGUAGAGAAGAAGGCUCCUUUCAUUGACCUGUUCAACUCGCUUCCUCUGCGCCAGAUCUAUGGAUGCCCACUGGGCGGGUUUGGGGGCGGCACCAUCACGCGAGGCUGGCGGGGAGAGUUCUGCCGAUGGCAGCUCAAUCCUGGGCUGUACCACUACAAAACCGUCAUUGCUGACCAGUUCACUGUUUGCUUGCGUCGCAGAGGGCAGACCAUUUACCAGCAGGUCCUGUCUGUGGAGCGACCCAACACCCUGCAGGGCUGGAACUGGGGCUACUGCGGUCACUAUGCCUUCUACCAUGCCCUGUACCCUCGCGCCUGGACAGUCUACCAGCUCCCUGGACAGGACGUGGUGCUCACCUGCCGGCAGAUCACCCCCAUCAUCCCCCAUGACUACCAGGACACCAGCCUGCCUGUGGGAGUGUUUGUCUGGGAGGUGGAAAAUGGAAAUGAUGAGGAUGUGGACGUGUCCAUCAUGUUCACUCUGAGGAAUGGCAUGGGGACCAAGGAGGACAAGAGAGGGGGCCACUGGAACGAGCCCUUCAGCCUGGAGAAGGAGGGCGAGCGGGUCUCUGGCGUCCUGCUGCACCACUGCAUCCCUGUGAACCCGUACACCCUGGCCAUCUCUGCCAGGGAAAAGGCUGGCACUGGCGUGACCCACGUCACAGCCUUCAACCCCGCAGGCACAGGACAGGAGGUGUGGCAAGACCUUCUCUCGGACGGCCAGCUGGAUUCCCCAGCAGGCAAGAGCAGCCCCACAGAGAAAGGGGAGGCGACUGCUGCGGCCGUGUGUGCCCGGUGCACGGUGCCUGCUCGGGGGCACGGAUCAGUGGAGCUGGCCCUGGCAUGGGACAUGCCUUGUAUUCACUUUGGCUCAAAGGAGAAGAUGCAUUUCAGGCGGUACACACGCUACUUCGGCAGCAGCGGUGAUGCUGGCCCUGCCCUUUCCCACUAUGCGCUGAUGCACUACGAGCAGUGGGAGGAGAAGAUCGAGGCUUGGCAGAAGCCCAUCCUGGAGGACAGCCAGCUGCCUCCCUGGUACAAGUCAGCCCUCUUCAACGAGCUGUACUUCCUGGCGGACGGCGGGACGCUCUGGGUGGAGCUGACCCCAGAGGCCUGCGCAGAGGACGUGCAGGGCCCCGGGGGGGCAGGCCUGUCGCAGCUCUUCCCCGUCUUGCAGGAGUACGGACGGUUUGCUUACUUGGAAGGGCAGGAGUACCGCAUGUACAACACCUACGAUGUCCACUUCUAUGCCUCCUUUGCUCUCGUCAUGCUGUGGCCGAAGCUGGAAAUCAGCCUGCAGUACGACAUUGCUGCCUCAGUGCUGAACGAGGACACGCAGCCCCGGCUGUACCUCAUGAACGGGCAGACGGCCAAAGUGAAGCUGAAGAAUGUCGUGCCGCAUGACAUCGGGGAACCCGGUGACGAGCCGUGGCAGCGCGUCAACGCCUACCUGAUCCACGACACGGCCAGCUGGAAGGACCUGAACCUGAAGUUUGUGCUGCAGGUGUAUCGCGAUUACUACCUCACCCACGACUCCACCUACCUGCAGGACAUGUGGCCUGUCUGUCAGGCAGUGAUGGACUCUGAGCUGAAAUUCGACACCGACAACGAUGGGCUUAUCGAAAACGCUGGCUUUGCCGACCAGACUUAUGAUGCGUGGGUGGCAACUGGAGCCAGUGCCUACUGUGGCAGCCUGUGGCUGGCAGCCGUCUGCAUGAUGUGCAAGAUGGCAGAGAUCCUGGAUGAUGGCGUGGUCCUGCACAAGUACAGAGCCAUCCUGCAGAAGGGCUCGGAGGCCUUUGAGAGGCUGCUGUGGAACGGCAAAUACUACAAUUAUGACAGCAGCAAGGGCAUCUGCUCCUCCAGCAUCAUGUCGGACCAGUGUGCAGGCCAGUGGUUUCUCCGGGCUUGCGGCCUGGGCCAAGGGGAGUUUGAGGUUUUCCCCAAGAGCCAUGUCCUCAGUGCACUGAAGACAAUCUUUGAAAUGAAUGUCAUGGGCUUCUCUGACGGCACGAUGGGAGCUGUGAACGGCAUGCGGCCUGACGGCAUCCCGGACACCUCCAGCGUGCAGUCCAACGAGGUGUGGGUCGGUGUGGUGUACGCCCUGGCGGCCACCAUGAUCCAGGAGGGCCUGGUGCAGGAGGGCUUCCGCACGGCGGAGGGCUGCUACCGCACCGUGUGGGAGCGGCUGGGCAUGGCCUUCCAGACGCCCGAGGCCUAUUGCCAAAGGAAGCUCUUCCGGUCGCUGGCCUACAUGCGCCCCCUCAGCAUCUGGAGCAUGCAGCUGGCCCUGGAGAGCAGAGCGGGGCGCACGCCUGACUCCCCCACCCACGAGUGAAGGCACCACCAGGCUGAAGCCGGGAAUUGCUGCUGUUGCCCCAGGCUGGGACCCUGCUGGAGGGCAGGCGCUGCGCACAGGCCGCCUGUGCCGGGCCCGGUCCGGGCACUGCCCCUUUUAGAGCUCGUUUUAAUUGCUGUGUCCUCCCUCCUGCCAGCCGCCCCUCGUGUGCUCCGGCAGUUAGCGGGCCCCUCCUGUGCGAGGCGUGGGGGGCGGUGUGGCUCGGGGGGGAUCUGGGGGCCAGGGCUUAGUCACCCCUGGAAGUCCCCCCCCACCUUCCUCAGGGGACCUGCAGGGCCUGGCCCAGGGGCAGCGAGCUGGAAGCCAUCCUCCCCUUGUUCCAGCAGCAGGGCCUACGGGACCCGCUGCCUGGAGGGGAAUCGCCCUCUCCCCAGCACAAGGCCCCCGACUCCCAUUCACUGCAGCUGGUCUGGGAGGGGCAGCCAGGGUUGCUCAGCAUGAACCAUACCCAGGGGAGUGCUCUCCUCCCCCCACCCCACCGCACCCCACUGCCUGGCCUCCGACAAUCGUCCUGCGCGGCCGGGCUCCCGGACGGCAGGUUGGGCCUGUGCAUCUGCCCCAGGCCUCCCGCGCCGGCUCUGCACGGAAUCGCAAUCAGUUCUGGUCUGUCGGCCACAGGGGAGCCACUUUUAGAUGCAAAGUGAUUUUAAUUUAAAUUCAUAAUAAUAAAAUACUAUCUGUGCACA